AUGUCAGAAGAAGCCUCAAAAGAGACCGGUGAGGUUGCCAUACCUAUUGCACCAGGCGAGCCACUCAUACAUUAUGACAUUCACGAGGAACCCAGAUACGGCUGGGUGGUUUGUGGUGCUCUAUCUGCGAUCAAUGGCUUCACUUGGGGUAUUCUAGCGAGCUUUGGCGUUUACCUGUCCUAUUACAUCAACAAUUUGACCUUCCCAGGAACGUCAGAUCUGGAUUACACAUUCAUUGGAGGCGUCAACUUCUCCAUGGCCUUACUCUCUGCUCCUUUGGUCAACUUGUCAACCCGAAAGUUCGGCACCAAUCCCCCGAUGUACUGUGGUUGCUUCAUGUUUUCGGGUGGAUUCAUUGCGGCCUCGUUUGCCACCGAGUUCUGGCACCUCGUCCUGAGCCAAGGCAUUCUCGUUGGGCUAGGGACUGGAUUCGUCUGGCAGCCAGCGACACCGGUGUUGCCUCAAUGGUUCAACAAGAACAGGAGUCUAGCUCAAGGUAUUGCUGCCAGUGGAGCUGGUGUGGGAGGAAUCAUUUUUUCUGCAGCCACGACGCCAAUGAUCGACAACCUCUCACUGGCGUGGGCACUUCGCAUCACAGGCAUCGUCUCCUUUGGCGUGUUGUUGAUCGCGUCCAUCUUGAUUCGUGAUCGGAAUACGACAGUGCGUCCACAGAUCAAGAUCUUCGAUGUCAAUUUGCUCAAAAGACCGCGUGUGUGGCUUUUGAUCGGCUAUUCAUUCUUCAACAUUCUGGGCUACAUUGUGACCAUUUAUUCAUUGUCGGCGUUUGCAGUGUCCAUCGGACUAACACAACACGAAGGAGGCACUGUCACUACCAUCAUGAAUCUCGGAACGGCGCUCGGAAGACCAUUCGUUGGUGUGGUGAGCGACAGGUGCGGCCGGAUGACGGUCAUUACAUUAUUAACGGCGUUCAACAUGCUGAUUAUUUUUGCAAUUUGGAUUCCACUGCAUUCUUAUGGACUGUUGAUUUUCUUCGCCCUACUUGUGGGAGCAACUGCUGGGCUUUAUUGGAGCACUAUUGCCCCCCUGUGUGCAGAGGUCGUGGAACUGCAAGAGCUGCCUUCGACUCUCAGUUUGAUGUGGUUGACAGUGUCCCUACCUUCUUUGUGUGAGUCUCGGGUUCCUGUUCUCUGUGAUUGA